UGAACGCGGAAGCUCCUGGGAACAUGGCUGGUGAUUUAGUUUUGCUUGCUGCUGUAUCUCUUCUUUCUGCCUUCCAGCAAUGCCAUUUUGCUUGGCUGGUGGGAAAAUCAAGAAUGAAGCACAAGGUCAUGCCCCCAGCUGUCACUGGAGCUCCAGAAUUUGAGAGAACGUUUCGUGCACAACAAAACUGUGCGGAGUUUUAUCCAAUAUUUCUGGCUGCCCUCUGGAUUGCAGGAUGUUUUUUUAAUCAAGAACUAGCUUCCUUUCUGGGUCUGGUGUACAUUUUUGCCCGCUACAAGUACUUCCACGGUUAUGUAGCGUCUGCAAAAGGAAGGUUAUCAGGUUUUUAUUUGAAUUUGAUAGUUUUAACCUGCUUGAUAGCCCUGGGUGCAGCUGGGAUUGUUAACAGCCUUCUGGAUGAAUACCUGGACAUUGGGAAGAAAUUACGUAAAUUGUUUUGAAGAUUGCUUUUUUCCUUUUAAUAAAUAAAUAAUGCAGAUGAUUUCCCUGCA